AUGCAAGCCAGCAAAUCAACAGUGGGCACUUGCUGCAGACGGCGAACAUUCACUAAUAAAAUCCUUCCCGCCAUUUUACAAGCUUUCAUCGCAGUGGCUUUAUGGGAGGGUCUGAAAUCAAUUUUACCUUUAUCUAAGACAAGUGAUGAGAACUCAAUUAAAAACGCACGGUCUCUUGACGAAACCAAAUGUCCUGUCACGGAUGUUUCUCAGUCUAAGACUUUGACUCUUCUGGACCUCAGUUCGGUUAUUUCUCUAGCCCAGAUACCUUCACAAGGACAGUCUCCGACCUACCAUACAAAAGUUGAUGUUUAUGCUCGAGAUGAAAAAAGAGAUACCCUAAUAUUAUACCCCGCCGGAUCAAUUGUAGAUUUCGGAGGACUGAAAGCAAGAAUUACAGAGGAAAUUUUGACCAAUGAAGAUAUUGGUAAGACAGAUUAUGAAGUCGAAAUCGACGAAAAUGAAAAUAACGAUGUAAAAGAAGGGUUGGCAAAUAGAAAAAGCGGUCCACCCGUAAAAAAUGGGACUGUCGGUCAGGUUCCUUUUGACAAAGCACCUCAGAUUACUAACUAUGUAAGUAAGGACAAUGCUGAAGAUCGGGUUGAAAGAUUCAAGCCUGAAGAUGAGUUAUCACAAGAAAGUCAUGGAGGGAGUCGUAACAACGCCAAUUUUAGAAUCCCUGAAAACCAGGAGAAACUAGCUGUUCGCGGAACCUCAAACGUAAAAAUACCUCAGUCAAACAAGCAAAGUGCAGCAUCGAAGGGGGUUGAAAGUAAAAGACAAUCAGAUCCUUUUGAAUAUUUAAAGAAACUGCACCAAAAUUUAGCAAAGAAUAUGGCUUCGGUUGAUUCUCUUGAGGCCAGCAACAUGGGAGGUUAUGAUACACAGCGAUUAGGCAAUGAAAUGUCUAGCUACGGAAACCAAUUUGGAUACAGCGAUAAAGAUAAUAUCCACAAUGCGGACAGUAAACUUUUCAGCCGAGGAAUUCUUAUAGAUGAGACUGGAGAACGUCUAUACGCGGACGGUUUCUUAGACAGAGUCAGCAAGUUAUCGACAGAACUAUUUGGGAAAUUAACGAACAACGUAUCGGCUAACGAGGAACCAAUAAAACUGUCAAUGAACAGCCCACUUAUUUGCGCAAACGUUAAAGAUGUAGAAGUUUUCUUCCUAAUCAACAGUGCACCCCAAAACAGCGAUUUACGACAGCGCAUUAGAGAUACAUUUGUUAAUCCGCUGUAUUUUCGCAACGUAAAAAUGGCUCACGUGUUUUUGGUGGGUAAGACAUCUUCGACAGGCCUUCAGCAGAGUCUGUACCAAGAACAGUCAGCUCACCAGGACAUUGUACAGGGAGAUUUUGUGGAUGCGCCAGAAAACGACACAGUGAAAGGCCUUAUGGGCAUGCGAUGGGUCACCCAGUAUUGUUCUUUGGCUAAGUAUAUAAUGAAAAUUAACGACAUAGUAUUUGUGGACACUGAUAAGCUCUUUCGUGGCCUAAUUCCGGCUACGAAAAAGAUUGCCGGCAAAAGGCUCAUGUUUUGCGAUUUCAAUCCAGAAAGCGAACUGACCCGCUCCGGGCCUAACGGUAUAAGUCCGGAAUUGUUCCCGGGAAGAUCUCGUCUAAGGCCGUAUUGUAAAGGUUUCGCAAUUUUAAUGACUCGUGGAGUUAUUUCAAGUUUGCUUGCUGCCUCAGAAUAUGUUCCAUCAAUACACUUAGAUGAUCUAUAUCUAUACGGGAUUCUUCCCUUUGUGGCUGGCAGCAUUGAUGUCUUUGAUGUGGGCAGUAAACGAGCUUUCCACGGCUUCGGCUUGGAGACCGUUAACUGUUACAAAACGUUAAUGGAUAACUGCCCUUAUGUGGCAUCUGUGGCUCUUAAAGAACGUUUUACAGAUCUCUGGGAAAUGGUUAGGGCAAGACUUCAGAAGCCACACCAAGGCUGGGAAAAUGAACGUUCUCUCUGGGACGUUGUGAACUACAGAAGAAGGUUUUAG